CCCUGCUUGACUCCACAAGGCUCACUUGUUUUCAGAGUGCAGUGGAAAUGAAAUGUCUUUGAUAGAGUAACAUUCUAGGAAAGUACAUCAUUUUUUCCUUGGAAACUUGUCUGUAGAGAACUCUGCCAAACAUACCAAAGAGAAGUGUUAUGACGGAGAGAAAGAAGGCUCCACCUUACACCAAGGCCCUGGAUGGAGGAUGGGGAUGGAUGAUUGUAUUACAUUUUUUCCUGGUAAAUGUGUUUGUGAUGGGGAUGACCAAGACGUUUGCAAUUUUUUUUGUGGUCUUUCAAGAAGAGUUUGAAGCUACCGCAGAGCAAAUUGGUUGGAUUGGAUCCAUCAUGUCAUCACUUCGUUUUUUUGCAGGUCCCCUGGCUGCAAUUAUUUGUGACAUACUUGGAGAGAAAGCUACUUCCAUUCUUGGGACUUUUCUUGUUUCCAGUGGCUAUCUGGUCAGCAGCUGGGCUACAAGUAUUCCCUUCCUUUGUGUGACUAUGGGACUGUUACCUGGGUUGGGGUCUGCUUUCUUGUACCAAGUAGCUGCUGUGGUAAUUACCAAAUACUUCAAAAAACGACUGGGUCUUUCUACAGCUAUUGCCCGUUCUGGAAUGGGACUGACGUUUCUGUUGGCACCCUUUACAAAAUUCCUGAUAGAUCUCUACGACUGGACAGGUGCUGUUAUAUUAUUUGGAGCUAUUGCACUGAAUUUGGUGCCUUCCAGCAUGCUCUUACGGCCCAUACAUAUCAAAAGGGACAGCAAUUCUGAUAUUAAAGACAAAGGUAGCAAGUUGUCUGAGAAUGGUCUAGAGAUACUGUGUGGGGCAGAAACACCAGACAGCACUGAGAUACAAGAGUCUUCCAUCAAGAACAGUGCUAUGAAGAAAUCUGAACAUGAUAGAAGCUUAGUUGUCUUACAAAAUCAAGAGGAAGAUUUCAACAAUGAGCCUCACAGAAAUAGUCUGUUACUAAGGAGUAAUGAAGAAAGUCACAAUAAUGGGACUAUUUCAUGGAGCUGCAUACAAAAACUCUUUGAUAUUUCUCUCUUCAGGAAUCCUUUCUUUUAUAUAUUUACUUGGUCUUUUCUCCUCAGUCAACUAGCAUAUUUCAUCCCUACCUUUCACCUAGUAGCCAGAGCCAGAACACUGGGGAUUGACAUAAUGGAUGCCUCCUAUCUUGUAUCUGUAGCUGGUAUCAUUGAGACAGUCAGUCAGCUCAUUUCUGGAUGGGUUGCUGAUCAAAACUGGAUCAAGAAGUAUCAAUACCACAAGUCUUACCUCAUCCUAUGUGGCAUUACUAACCUGCUUGCUCCUUUAGCCACUACAUUUCCGCUACUUAUGACCUAUACUAUCUUCUUUUCCAUUUUCACUGGUGGUUACCUGGCAUUAAUACUUCCUGUACUGGUUGAACUAUGUAAGAAUUCUAGUGUACACAAGUUUUUGGGAUUUGCUGCUUUCUUUGCUGGAAUGGCUGUCCUUUCUGGACCACCUAUAGCAGGUUUGUUAUAUGAUUAUACACAGACAUACACAGGCUCUUUCUACUUCUCUGGCACGUGCUAUCUCUUCUCUUCAGUUUCCUUUUUCUUUGUACCAUUGGCUGAGAGAUGGAAAAGCAAACAGCCUGACAAGAAAGAGAACUACAAUCAAACAACAGCUUAACAAAAGAAAAGUUAAACAAACGAGUCACUGGAAACCAAAGGUCAGAAAAAAAGCUUCUGCAAAAUUAGGAACUAAGCUGAGCACUCGGGAGGCAGACUUGGAAGGACUGUGGUGAGUUUAAGGCCAGCCUGAGACUACACAGUGAACUUCAGGUCAACAUGGACUAAAGUGAAACCCUACCUCAACAUCGCCCACAAAAAAAGAUUAGGAAGUAAAGCAGAUAGUUUUCAAUAUUCUGUCUUGUUCUAUUAGCAUUGUAAAGAAUUCCUAGUUGGUAAUGAAAUAGUAAUAGCAACCUAAAUUGUUUGUUAGGAUUCAAUCAAAUAGACUACAAACUGAAUCAGGUGAAGUAGCUAUCUAGGCAGUAAAUAAAAUCAGAGUGUACUAAUAUAAAUUAACUCAAGCUCUCAUUUUGUUAUGGCAAUUCAGUCAUUAAAACAUGUGACAACAGAAAAAAAAUGUGAUUUUUUUUCCUUUAAUAUAGCCACUGGUUGACUAGAACUCUGGAAUCUGAGUAAGUAUUAAAAUCUUGAUUAGUGACUAAAAUUAUCUCCUCUAAGAAAAGUUUAUCAUUGUUUAUGGAAUAGAAGCAAUCCAUGUUUUACUUUUAUAUUAUCUUGUCUCUUAAAUUUCUGUGAUAUGUAAUAAAAAUUAAAAUUGCUUGAAAACCAUAAA